UUGUUAGCGAUACUGAUUGGCCUUCCAUUUCUGGAUCGUCGGAUGGCAUCGGAGGCUGACCAGCGCCCUCGGAUAUUACGACGUUGCAUUUAGCGUUACAGCUGCUAAGCUAAACAAGAACUGUAGAGGAAGAAGAAUAAGAAGACACAUAAUUCAAAAGCACAAGUCAUUUUCUCGCUGAGAAAGCUGUUUCUGGAACUGGGUUCUGCUCAAAAUCUGUGAUCCAGAUAUAUGAAAAAUUAAUGGCUUGCACUGCAAGGGGCGUGGCCACUGAUGCCUGAUCCUUAGCCCUGGAUUCAGUGUAUGGCCACAAUAUUAGAUCUUUAACAACAAAGCUACAGCCACCAGUUGAUCCAAAACUUUAUAGUCCUCAUGUCAGUUUCAGAGGAGAAACCAUCAUCUUCGUCAUCAUCCGUGAUGGAGCUGACGGCAUCGUCAAUGUCAGCUAGAGAAAUUGAUCCUUUGUUAAAGGACUUGAAUGAAAAGAAGCAAAGCUUCCGGCGGAAUGUGGUGUCGUUGGCGGCAGAGUUGAAGGAGGUUCGGAGCCGCCUAUCAUUUCAGGAGCAAUCAUAUGCUAAAGAAGCUCUAACAAGACAGGAAGUUGAGACAAAAGCUAAGAACAUGGAGGAUGAAAUUGGUCGAUUGCAUAAAACAUUGGAGGAGAGGAAUGCAAAGCUUCAGGAUUCAGCAUCUACUGCUGGGAAGUACCUCAAGGAGUUGGAUGGUCUUAGAUCACAGCUUUCAGCUAGUCAAGCAAUUGCAGAUUCAAGUGCUGCAUCAGCUCAAUCAGCACAGCUCCAGUGUUUAGCCCUUGUAAAGGAAUUAGAAGAGAAGAGCAGUUCGCUAAAACAGCAUGAGGAUCGUGUAAUUAGGUUAGGAGAGCAAUUAGAUAAUCUGCAAAGGGAUCUUCAAGCAAGAGAAUCUUCACAAAAGCAACUAAAAGACGAAGUUUUGAGAGUUGAGCAGGAUAUUAUGCAGGCUGUUACCAAAGCUGGAGCAAGCAAGGAUUGUGAACUGAGGAAAUUAUUAGAUGAGGUAUCUCCAAAGAACGUUGAGAAGAUUAAUAAGCUUUUGAUUGUUAAGGAUGAAGAAAUAGCAAAACUGAGGGAUGAAAUCAAGAUAAUGUCUGCUCACUGGAAACACAAGACCAAGGAGUUGGAGUCACAGUUAGAGAAGCAACGGCGAGCUGAUCAGGAACUGAAAAAGAGGGUGUUGAAGUUGGAAUUCUGCCUCCAGGAAGCUCGUUCCCAGACACGAAAGCUCCAAAGGGUGGGAGAGAGAAGGGACAGAGCCCUAAAAGAACUUAGAGAUCAGUUAGCAGCAAAACAACAAAAUGAAGCUCUGGGUGCUGAAAAACAAAAUUUCUGGGAAACUUCUGGUUUCAAGAUGGUUGUUUCCAUGUCAAUGUUGAUCUUGGUGGUGUUUUCAAAGAGAUGAAAUCAUUGUGUUAUCCAGUUCUUGUGUAUAAAGAAUCGACGCCUUUUAGUUUAAUUGAGGAGUUCAGAUAAAGCUGCAGAGGCCAUUUUCCUUGUAGAAAUGCACAUUUUAGAGGUUCUCUUAUGUAGUUUUAGCUGAGAAUGCCUUUUUGUUGUUCUCACUGUUAUUUCUGUUGCAUCAGUUGUACUCAUAACUUGAAUCAAUGUAUGGUAUUGUCAUUAUGUA